AUGGUCUGUUUUGUCUUCGCAACAUACCACCUUCAUGUUUUAUCAAUGGGUCUGGGUCUCUGCAUUUACAUGGUUGCGACUUCAACAGCAGGACCUGACACUGACUGGGGCAUGCUGAUGACAAGACAUGGGAGGGAGAAGAAAAACCGGGUGGUGGAAGACCAAAAGUGGAGAACUCCCACGAGAACGGCCGAAAGGGCAGAAGAGGUUGAAAAAAGCUGGGUUGAAAAACAAAAAGCGCACGAGAAGGUCGGCGCAGAUGGACCACAAAAGCAAGAUCAUUGCGACGAAGCCAAAAAAAUCCCAAAAUCGUCAAAAGAGUUUAGCAAAAACAUGAAUAAAAGUUGGCCAUUCAAUCAAACACUCGUCUCAUCAUCACUAAGCGCAGACGAAAAGCCCAUGCGCUCACCGCUGGCCGAUACGCUAGAGCUGCGCUCCAUCACGAGCCACCCCGGGGACCGGAAGCAGAGCCCGUUUAUCGGUGUUGUGCAUUAUCGAGUCUAUCUACGGAGUACGGAGCACUAA